AUGUUUGAUGUUAAUCAAAGUGAAAAUGUAAUAAAGGCACCUGAAGGUUUACUCAAACAAAGCGAAAAACUUCAUAAACAAAUCUUAACAGUUGUUCCCGGAAUUCAUUGUGUAAUUGGAUAUGGUUUAGCUAAUUGUAUGUUAAUUGAAGGAAAUCAUGGAAAUAUUCUAAUAGAUACAUUAGAAUCGCACGAAAGUGCUCGAGAAGUAAAAGAAGAUUUACGUCAAAUAUCAUCAAAAGCAAUCGUUGCUAUAAUCUAUACUCAUUAUCAUGCAGAUCAUGUUUUCGGAGCUGAUGUUUUUGCUGAAGAUAAUAUCGAAAAUAUUCAAAUUUAUUCUCAUUCAAAAACAUUAGAAAUUCUUGAUAAAACAAUGAAUUUUGAUCAACGAAUUACAUUUGAAAGAGCAGCUAGACAAUUUGGAACUUAUUUAAAUAAACAAACUGGUCAUAUUAAUUGUGGAAUUGGUCCUUUUUUAAAAUAUAAUCAAUAUACGAGUCAAGGUUUUUUCACACCAACUCAUAUAUUUAAUAAUGAUACUUAUCGAUUAAGUAUAUGUGGAAGAGAAUUUACACUUUAUUAUUGUCCAGGAGAAACAGAUGAUCAUAUUGUUAUUCAUAUGUCAAAAGAAAAUGUUCUUUUUGCUACUGAUAAUAUUUAUAAAUCAUUUCCAAAUUUCUAUGCUAUACGAGGUACAACUAUAAGAGAUUCUUUACAAUGGAUUCAUUCAUUAGAUUUAAUGAGAAAUUUACAAGCAGAAUAUUUAAUUCCAUGUCAUACAAGACCAAUUAAAGGAAAACAUUCUAUUUAUGAUCUAAUAACUAUUUAUAGAGAUGCGAUUUAA